AUGAAGCGGAUGUACUCAACUGAUGAGGCCUAUGCCAUCCUGGCAUCUGACUCAGAUAUCACUAACACUGCGUCAGAUUUUGAUCCAGACCAGUACAGUGACACAGACAGUGUCAUUUCAGAUAAUGUCACAGAUAAUGUCACUGAGGCUCCUGAAUCUGUCCCUAGGAGUCCGCCCCCUAAAAGACCAGCUACUGCUCCUGAAAGCACCAGUGAUGGUGCAACCUGGGUACCCCCGAAUGCCACAUACCCAGAAAUCCCCCCUUUUAGUGCCGACCCUGGUGUAAGUUUGGAUGUGGCAAAUUUUACACCCAUUCAGUAUUUAAACAUAUUUUUGGGGGACGAUAUUAUGCAAGUAAUAGCCACCCAUACAAAUUUAUAUGCUGCCCAAUACCUUGCUUCACAUCCCAGAAGUUAUAUUGCUAAAUCUAAUCGCUGGUACCCCACAGAUACUACAGAAUUAAAAAAAUUCUGGGCCCUAACCCUAUGUAUGGGUAUUAUUAAAAAACCCACUCUACGUUCCUACUGGAGCAAAGAUCCAGUUUUAGAGACCCCCAUAUUCUCACAUUCAAUGAAAAGAGUACGGUAUGAAAUGCUGUUGCUCUUUCUGCAUUUUAGUGACAACAGUAUUUGCCCACCUAAAGAUCACCCCAGCUAUGAUAGAUUGUAUAAAAUUCGCCCCCUUAUUACACAUUUGCAGACAAAGUUUGCUGAGGCAUACACACCACAAAAAAAUAUAGCAAUAGAUGAGUCCCUAAUGAAAUUUAAGGGGAGGCUGGGGUUUAAGCAGUACAUCCCAUCAAAAAAAUCAAGAUAUGGCAUAAAGUUUUAUAAACUUUGCGAGAGUGGAAGUGGGUAUACCUGGGCCUUUCGGGUAUAUGAGGGUAAGUACAGCCACCUUGACCCUCCUGGUUGCCCAGACUUUCUGGGAACCAGUGCCAAAAUAGUCUGGGAACUACUUAUCCCUCUUUUAGGCAAAGGGUACCAUUUAUAUUUGGAUAAUUUUUAUACUAGUGUUCCUUUGUUUCGCAUUCUUUACUGUUUAGAUACCGUGGCCUGUGGGACAAUACGCAAAAAUCGAAAGGGGUUCCCAAAAGAAUUGUCCGAUAAGCGUUUAACAAGGGGGGCAACAUCAGCUUUGCGCCAGGAGGAGCUGCUGGCGGUAAAAUUUAGGGAUAAAAAGGAUGUGCUCAUGAUUACAACAAUCCAUGACGAGAGCACUAUCCCUGUCACUGUCCGUGGUAAAGCUGAGAUGCUAAGAAAACCAGUGUGCAUUAAGGCAUAUAACAAACAUAUGGGGGGUGUUGAUCUUUCUGAUCAAUUACUGCAGCCAUAUCUUGCUAUAAGGAAGACCAGGGCAUGGUAUAAAAAGGUUGCAAUUUAUAUGAUGCACAUUGCAACCUACAAUUCAUAUAUUUUGUUUAGAAAAAGCAGCCCUGGAAAGAUACCUAGCUUCCUCCAGUAUCAGCUCAAUAUAAUAAAAGGGAUUUUGCCUCAUCAAGCACCCGCUACUGUAAGGACUACUGUAAGGACUGAACAUUUUAUUUUUAAAAUCCCCCCAACUCCAAAAAAGGCAAAGCCCCAAAGGCGCUGCAGAGUGUGCUCGCGUAAGGGUAAAAGGACAGACACAAUCUAUCACUGUCCUGACUGCCCUGCACAGCCUGCACUUUGCCUUGGCACCUGUUUCAAAGAAUUCCAUUUGGCUGCCAAUCUUUAA